UAAAGUCGAUCUACAUAUCCCUGUAUCUCAACUGCAAAAUAAAAAAUAAUGAAAAAUUAUACGCACACUAACGAAACUAAGCAUAAACAACUAUAAGGUGGAAAUUGUAAAGAAAUAGAUAACAUUUAUCGUUAUUUGUGUAUAGAUAAUUACGAAAAAAAAGUUCCUGCGAAAUGUGGUGGAAAUGUGUGCCUAAACUAGAGUACUUUUAAGGUACGCAAAACGUCUUCCAUUUGGCAAACAUAUUUAUAUGUGUAACUAGUUUCAUGUGUCUCCUUUGAAUUGGAGAAAAAAUUCACAUCAUUGUUUAUGUGGUUGUCGUCAUUUGGUGCAAAGAUAGUUUCUUCAAUUCGGUUUGCUUGGUGAAUAAACCUUCACAUUGAUUUGUGUAUAAGAAAAGGCGAGCAAUGGCAGGUGUCGGUGGUGCUGCUGCUAAUGAAAUAGAUGAAUUUAUAAAUGGUGCACUUGUCUCUUGGUUGGAAUCAUGUCUCCCACGUCCCGAAAUUCUAACAGGCUAUCCCUCACUUCUGGAUGGUCAAAUAAUCCAUAAGGUUUGGUUACAAAUAGAUCCAGAGCCUCAACACAUCCCUGCAAACAUUAAUGAUUUGGAAGGGAUAUCACUUUGCAAUGCCCGAGCUAAAAAUUUUGAAUGCAUUGUACGAAACCUUAAAUCUUUGUUUGAGGAAGAAUUGGGACAAACGAUAUUGGUACUACCCGAUUGUUAUGCUCUGGGCCAUGAUCCAGAAACAAAGCAAGGUUUGGAGCAAAUGAAAAUUUUACUAACUCUACUUUUGGGAGCAGCCGUUCAGUGUCCAAACAAAGAGCUCUUUAUAGCGCGCAUCAAGGAAUUGGACCUGGAAACUCAACAUGCAAUUGUUGAAUUAAUAAAACAGGUGACCGAUAACCAUAGCUUGGUGUUAACAGAAGAAUCUUUGGGUUUGUUGACGCCACAGGAUAUGUACAAUCAUAUCUUACGACUAACGAAGGAACGUGACAAUAUGUACUUAAAGUGGGUAUCAUCAGUUUGUGCCGAACGUGAUGUUAAUGCAUCAGAUUGUGAUGACAAUGCGUUAAAUUUGACAAUGUCACCAUCUAAUAGCAAAACAUCAACGCCCAUAUCAUCCGCGUCCAAUACCGACAACAAUCACAUGGCAGUUGAGUUGGCUGAUCUCAAAUCGAAGAUGAGGAAAUUACGACAAGAGUUGGAGGAAAAAUCGGAAAGUUUAUUGGAAUUGCGGGAAGAGUUAGAUCAUAAAAAUAGCCAAUAUGAAAAGUUGCGUCUUGAGAGCCAAGAAUGGUACAAUGAAGCCAAGAGGUCAGCUGCCUACAGGGACGAGGUUGAUGUUUUAAGGGAGCGAAAUGAAAGAGCGGACCGAUUGGAAAUAGAACUUCAAAAGUUCAAAGAAAAAUUAACCGAUUCAGAAUUUUAUAAAACUCGUGUUGAAGAACUUCGCGAGGACAACCGAAUGCUACUGGAAACUAAGGAAAUGCUGGAAGAACAACUACAAAGAUGGCGAAAACGAUCUGAACACGUAAUGACUCUCGAGUCCGAAAUAAUCAAGUAUAAACAAAAACUGAACGAUAUGGCUCUUGAAAGAGAUUCAGAUCGUUCCAGAUUGGAGGAAUUAAUUGAAGAAAACACACAACUGCAGUUGGUAGCCAAAAAUUUGAACACUACCUUGGACAUAGAUAAGUCAUUUUCAGACAACGAUGACGAGUGCAACUCGGGUGAUAAUAGUUUAUCUGAACAACUAACAAAUAAUGCACAGACUCGUGCUAUAAAACUUGAAUUGGAAAAUAGACGUUUGGUCGCUGCCCUAGAACAGCUUAAAGAGACUUCCUUCCAUGAGUCAACAAAUAAAUUAUUGGAACUGGAAAAAGAGAAGAAAAAACUUGCCUUGAAGGUAGAACAAAUGCAGGAAAACAUUCAAAGGCUAUCUCAGCAAAAUAAUGAACUAGAAAACGUAUUCAAAGAUGCCUUAGAGGAAAAUAAGAAAAUGCAAAUGACGUUGGACCAGAGGCAAAAAGCAUACGAGAAGCAGAGUCAAGAGCGUGAUGUAGAACGAAGUAAGAUAAUUGAUUUAGAGAAAUACGUAGAGACAUUGAAUAAGGAAAAACAACGUAUUCAAACAUUGAAUGAGAGCGUCCAACGUCGUGCCGAUGACCUGGAAAGAAUGGCUGAUUCGCGUGCAAAAGAAAUCGAACAGUACUCCGAAAAGUUAGAAACGUUGGAGAAAACGAAGGAAAAUCUGUAUGAACUCCAAGCUAAACUUGGUACAUUCGAACGCGAGAAUGCGAGCCUCUCAAAGGAAGUUUGCAAACUAAAGGAAAAUCUUGAAGAGAAAUCUGUAAAACUGGAUCAAUCGCUUGAAUUAGCGGAAACACAAUCCAAGGAAUUGGCAAGGUUGUCAAAAGCUUUGGAAGAAGCAGAAUUUAUAAAAUCUCGUUUCAACGAAAUCGAAGUUCAAAAUCAGGAAUUGAGCUCUCAACAUGAAAUCGACAUGCAAACUAUUGAAACUUUACGAAGUGACCUUGUGACUGGAACUCUAGCCACAAACAAAGUUAGACAUAAUUUGGAAAAACUUGGAUUGAAUGUUAACCCUACUGACGACAAAACAGAAUUAAAUGUUGAGACUGUUGUGGAGAAACUUGUCCGUAAUCCGGAAACAUUCAAGACCGUUCGUGAAAUUAUGCUCAACGUUUCAAAAGAGCAAUCAUCGAAAUCGGACAUUUGCGUCUUGUGUCAUCGCAAGGAAGUAUUUACCGUUGAAAGAAACAUAGAAUUGUCUUCCGUACCAGACGCCAAAGAAAUAGCCGAAGUCGCAAAACUUUCAGAAGCCAACACUCAGUUAAGUGCCCUUAACGUGGCCCUGCAGUCAACAAAUGACCAGCUCCAGGCAGAAAACGCCCGUUUUAAAGUUGAUGUUGCCACUUUAGGUUCGCAGAUCACUUCGUUAAAUACUCAACAUGUUGCUCUACAAUUGGCCAAUUCACAAUUGGCAGCCGACAAAGAUGUGCUAUUAAAAGAAAACGAAGCUCUAAAGCAAGAACACAAAAAUCUCGUCCACGAUCAGGUGACAUUGCAAUGCUUGCACGAUCAACUGUCAGCCGAAUAUGAAUCCCUCAAUAAGGGUAAAGAACAGCUUAAAGGGGUUGUUCGUGAUUUGCGCAACGAAUCAAGGGACUUGCGUGAACACAUCGUUAGUCUGGAGACACAAAUUGAUGAUUUGAAGCAACAAAAUCAAUCUCUGAAAUCUUGCGCCGAAGACCUUGCCAUUCUACGCACAGAACACUCAAAACUUACGGACGACUUUCGAAAUUUGUUUGCAACUAGCGAUCGUUUUAAGAACGAAUACAAAAACAUCCAAGAACAAUACAAGAUGAUUCGAAUGGAAAACAGCAAACUGAAAUUGCAAAAUAAUGAUCUGACUACAGAACUGGGGAGUAAGAAUGAUCAAAUGAAAAUUUUGGAAAUACAAUAUGCUAAAUCUGCCCAGCGUUGUGAGAUGCUGAUGACUCAAAAUGCUGAUUUGGAUACUGAACGUAAAACGUUGAUGGAAAAUGUUUCGCAUUUACUUAAACAAUAUCAUGAACUAUUGAACCUAAGUCUUGAAGACAAAAAACAUUUCCACGAAGAAGAAAAAAGUUACACCGAAUGUGUGCAUAAUUUGAAUCGUCAAAAAGAAAAAUUAGAAGAAAAAAUUAUGGAACUUUUUAAGAAGUCGGAGGCGGUGGCUCCCAAAAAGAAACCAUUCGGUAGUAAUUUGGUUAGAAGAGUUAAAAAGGCUAGUUCAGAUUUAAUGAACAAAGUUCCGAGUAGGAAUCGCCGUUCUUGGAUUGAUGAUUCACGCCUAACACAAUCCCAGUUCAUGAUUGGAUCCGAAUCGGGUGGUAACGAUUCUGACAAUAGUGCCGAAGAACCCAUCUCAAUCAACUCAGACACCCAUCUAUUCCAACGCAACAUACCAAUUAGACAGAGUUUACAACGUGAUAUGCUGGACAAUUCAAUUUCACGUGGUGGCACAAUGAGGAGCAGCUUGCAAACACAGAAACGUACGGACUUGAAUAAUUCACGUAGAAAUAGCGUGCACGGUUUGGAGGCGCCUGAUGUAACGGGAAGCAGUUUGACACUGGGGACUGCAGGGUCAAGGCGGACAGUGUAUCUGAUCGAUGAGAACCAAAAAAUUCCCGAGUCCAAUCAAUCGACGUCACCUACACUACGUGGAUCCGGUGCUUGCAGCAGCAACAGUAGCUCUACAGCAACACUAAGUGCUACAACAAACAACAAUGCCGAACCGCAGACACCAAGUGGCUCUAGCAAAUCGGAAAAUCCAACAACUUUCCUAAUGUACAAUCGCAUCAACAACAUUGUCGGUGGAAAUUCUCUAAAUGUAAGCAAUAACAGUGAUACACCAUCCGGAACUCAUGCGAAUAACCGUGAUAUAGAUGGGCAACACGAUCAGGAUAAUAAAGUAGCACGUAAACGUUCCGAAGAUAAAAAUAACAGUGUGUGGUAUGAAUACGGUUGUGUAUAGGCACAACAAAAAAUAACAAAAUUUUGCACAAAACGACGAAACUACUUGCCGCGAGAACAAUAAUGAAACGUUGUUCUGCAAUAACUUUUUUUUCUUUAAAA